UGCAGUACUCCGGGAACAGUAGUUCAGAAGGCCAUGUUCAUCCUCAUGUUCCCACACUGCUCGGGCUAGCUGUGCGGGUUUGGGUUCCAGCGGAGCGUUGUCCCCGCUUCCUUCUGGCUGGACUGAGGAGCUGCGAUGGUUUCGCUGUCCCCGCUGCACCAGCGGAAUCCGAUGGCGGUGGCCACCCCUAGCGACCCACCUCAUGACUUUGUGACUUUUGAAGAUGUGGCCAUCCUCUUCUCCAAGGAAGAGUGGAGGCUCCUCGAUGAGGCUCAGAGGCAGCUGUACCUUCGUGUGAUGCUAGAGAACUUUGCACUUGUAACUUCAUUGGAUUUCUGGCAAGGAAUAGAGAAUGGAAAGCUACCUCUUGAUCGAGUUUCUGUCAAAGGAUUAUCAUUGAUCAGGACCCCAAAAGCAAGUCCAGCUAACCAGGAGUCUCACCCACAUGACAUAUAUUUGCCAGUCUUGAAAGGCAUUUUGAACCUGGUCAAUCAACUUAGGCAGAAAUCACAUUUGAUCAGUAUGUGUUUAAACCUUCCCCAGGACCAGAAUCAUCCCAACUCAGAAAAUACCUUGAAAAGAUACUCAUAUAUUGCCUCACUGGUGAAGAACUACAGAAUUCAUGUGUCACAAAAGCCCUUUCCCUCUGCAGAAGUUGAAAAGAACUUCCCAGAUGCACUGGACAUUAUCCCUCCACAGACCAUGCCCAUUUGUGAGCAAGCGAACCUAGUCACUGAAUGUAGAGAGGGCUUUCAAACUAGAAUAGGGUGUUCCAAGAGGAAUGAACACAGAGAAGCCUCUAGCCGUGAACACACUCAGGAUCACCACCCAAGAGCCAGUGCUGGAAAACGACCUUCUGAGUCUACAAAAUGUGGGAUGGUCCACCGCCGCAGAACCUCUUUCCCUCAUCCCUCAGGAGUCCAUGGUAGAGAAAAGGCUUACAAGUGCAAUGAAUGUGGAAAAUCUUUUCGGCAGACCUCCCACCUAAAUAACCACCUCAGAAUCCACACAGGUGAAAAGCCCUAUGAAUGUGGUGAAUGUGGAAAAUCAUUUACCCAAAGAGAUACCCUCAUUAAACACUACAGAGUCCACACGGGAGAAAAACCUUAUAUGUGUGAUGCGUGUGGAAAAUCCUUCCGGCAAAUUUCCAACCUUACUGAACACCGCAGAAUCCACACUGGAGAAAGACCUUAUGAGUGUGAUGAAUGUGGUAAAUCCUUCGGAUGCAAAUCCACUCUUGUUCGGCACCGGAGAACUCAUGCAACCGAAAAGCGUUGUGCAUGUGAUGAAUGUGGGAAAUUCUUCCCACAUAGCCGUAAUCUGCUUGAACACCGGAAGAUUCACACUGGAGCAAGGCCUUCUGGGUGUGAUGAGAAUGGGAAAUCCUUUAGCCAAAGAGACACCCCCAACAAACACCACAAAAUUCAUACUGCAGAAAAGCCUCAUGUGUGUGGUGAUUGUGGGAAAGCAUUCAUUUACAAAUCUAGGCUUGUUCGACACCAGAGAUCUCACACUGGGGAAAAACCGUUCGAGUGCAAAGAAUGUGGGAAAUUUUUUCAGGAGAGCAAUGGUCUUAUGCAACACCAGAAACUUCAUACUGGAUUAAAGCCUUUUAAGUGUGGCCAGUGUGUGUUAACUUUAGAAUAUGGAACUACUUCCCUGAAGUUGAACCUUAUAUUUUCAAAAAUUUUCUUUGGUAGAAACCAUCUUCCUCUCUCAGCUUGCUCAUUGUGCAUUGGUCUCCUCAGCAUGCAAAGGAAAGGUGAACAUCUGCCAGUUCACUGGAGGAAAUCGGGAGCAAAGCCUUAAGGGGAGGGUGUUUCUUCUUUUGUUUUGUUUUUUUCCGACUGGAUGAAACAUACAUCUGUCAUAAUUUUUUACCAGGGGGAUCUAGUCUUCAAUCUGCUGGGGUUUUCCAGCAUUGUCUUCCCUGCAUAGAAAUUGUUGUCUGAUACUGACACUGUGGUUAAUUUUGCCAGCACUCCAUUUACCAGCUUGUGACUACCAUUCUCUAGUCUAUACAUUAAUAAACAUGUUUACUCUUGGGUC